UUCCGCGGCGCGGCCUGGGACGUUGGCGCGGCUCCGACCAAUGGACCGCUUCGUGAUCCGCACGCCCAGGGAGAACCCCGGCGGCGAGGGCCUCCCCGGCUCCCGGGCCCGGGGAGGCCCCCUGCGGCAGGCGACCCUCGGCUCGCUGCGCCGCGUCGUGUCCCUCGUGGACGUGGAGCGCCUCCUGGACGCGCUCGCGGCCGCCGGGGUGGACGAGGAGGAGACGGGCGGAGGGGCGCGCAGGGAGCGCGAUGCGGGGAUGGACGCGAGGCCGGUGGGCACGGAGGAGCGUGAGCGCAGGACGAUGGACUCUGAUUCUGUUGACGAAACGCGAGAGGCGGAGGAGUGCAGGAGGAGUGAAGAGAAGGAGGAGGAUGGCGAGCGUCGCCUGGCGGAGGCUCUGUCCGCGCUGCGGCACAAGGUGCCGUCCCGGGAGCUCCUCGUCUCCACCGGGCUGGGCCGCGCCGUUCGGAGGCUGCGGCGUCGACGCGGGGGCGACCCCGCGGUGGCGGCCCUGGCCGCCGAGAUGUACGGACGCUGGCGAGGCUUCUACGAGGCCAGGGACUCGUUGGGGCCCUUGCGGCCCGUGAUGGUAACCGGUGGGCCACGUCGCAAGAGUUCAACAUCCUCGUCAAGCGCCUCCUCCUCCUCAUCGUCAUCAUCGUCAUCAUCGACCCCCUCGUAUUCUGGCUCCGGGCGAGGUAUCAUCACUCAGCUGCGGGACACAGCCCGGGCAAUGCUGGCCCGAGCCUUGGCUGAGAAAAGCGAUGAGGUGAGACUCCGUGAGAAGGUGGUGCGGUCAGACUCCAUGAAGAGCCAAGAGGACACGAAGCCAAGCUCCGUGAAGAGGCAACGGAAGGAUGGGUCACACGCCAUGAACACACGAGGCGAGGUGGAGUUGCGUUCCGUGAAUGCCCAAGGAGACGUGGGGCCCAGCUCUCCCAAGACGCGGAGCGGAAUUGAGCCAGACUCGUCGGACGCCGGCAGCGAUCUCUCUCCCGUGGCUGUGAAGCUGGAGCAGCAGGUGUUUUGUCAGCUGGGAGGGUCCUCCCCCUCCUUCUCCUCUUCUUCUUACCGCCGCACUGUGCGGACCAUAGCCCUGGCCGUGAGCCACCGGCCACAGCUCAGGGAGGCCCUGGCGAGUGGGGCCAUGACCCCACGGGAAGCCGUCUCUUCUCACCGCAAGCUGUGAUGAAUUGUGACCGGCGACAGCCCCGCAAGCAUGUUACUUCGAGGAAUUAAGAAAAGUGUUUUUAUACAGCUUCAUGUAAUAAACGUGUGAUGUAUUUAAAGGUGACUUAUUUUAUAACAAUGUCUUGUGUUUUAUAAUUACAAGGAUGUGGGCCCUUUUGCAAUAUUUCAUGUUCACUCAGGUGUUGGCCCGUUAAGGUCGUUGUGAAUAUUUUUUGCCUUAGUUUCUCUUUUUUGUACAGAAAUAGUCGUCAUCGACAGCCAUGAUCAAUCCACUGCUGGAUCAAAGUGUCUUCAUUCCAUCACCAUCUUCCACAGGCCUGCUGUGCCAUGCAGCUGCACGUGAGACGAUGUCACGCAUUCUUUCUGUCCUGCCCAAGUCCACUUGGUUUUCUUCGGAAUCAUGUCGAUCAUUUGUCUUCUCUCAUCCAUGCAUUCCUCUAUUUGUCGCAGCAUGCAUCACCAUACUUUUGUGCACAUUUCUGUGUUUGCUCCGUUUUGACAUUUGUACGGUCCAUAAGCAGACAAUAAGCACAGACUUAUGUGUGCAUACAUUGUACCAGGUUUAUUUUUAUGUAAUUUUGUUCAAACUUUUUAGGUUUAAACUGUUUAACGCACAUUGUAUUUAAUAGACUGAGCAAAUAUAGUGUGGGCUGUUUUUCCUGUGGUGAGAUCCAAUGAUUUUAAAGUAUAGCGCAAGCACAGAGUGGCAUAAGUUAUUGAGGCAAAUUCAGUUUAAUUAAAUUUCAUUCUGUUCAUUGUAAAGUGUUUUAACUCUUAUAUACACGCUCUGCCUAUGCUAUUGCGAAGUAAAUAAUAAAACAGUGAUACAAUCAUUGCAUCGUGUACUUUAUUUACUACAGGUGAAGCAAAUAUAAAUGACAUGUGUGAUUUGUAAAGAUUUAGCAUUUUUAAUUAUAUAAAGUAACUCUUGUUUCCACUCUCUAACAACCUCAGCAUCUUUGGCACUCCCCUCUCCUGGCUCGAGUCUUACCCUCUCGCACAUCCUCCAUCUCCUUCAAUCAC